AUCAAAUAUCUUUACAACUUUUGAAGAACAGAACUUUUCAUACAAUAAUCAAAAGUAGAAAAAGAAUGUUCAAAAUUCAAUCAGCUUUGUUCAAGAACACAAAGCAAGAAGAAAUGGGUCGUCUCUUUCAUUCCACUAACAGUAGCAGUUGCAGAGCUCCAUUAGUGUAAAAAUGGUGUGUUAGCUGGCAAAAGUUGCUACACAACAAAACGCCAGUUCCCUAAAAACCGGGUUUUAUGGAGCCGUUGCACUUUCUCUUGUGAAAAUCAAGGGUAAUUCUGUCAUCUCCUCACCUUUUCCAAUAAAUGCAGCUAUUCUCUCUUCUGACACCAGUUUCCUCUGUUUUGUGUAAUGUGAGAUGUUUUUGCUUUGCUUUAGUUCUUAAUUACAAAAUAUUUUCUCUGGUUUUUUUGUCGUACCCAUGAGGAGGAAUGGCCGUUGUAAUUGUUUAAUUGAACGUAAUGUGAAGGUAACUCCGACUUCUGUAGCUCAUUCCAUUUUGUGGGUCUUGUUCCUUUCUGUACGAACACGCUUCCCUCUGGUGGGUUCUUGAUUACGUUGGGGUUUUUCGCGUUGCUCGUGGUGAACAGGCUGCUCUGUUUUCGCGGAAGAGUUUCUUCUGGAAAUCGAGGUGGGAGACCGUUGAUUCCGAAGUGGGUGUUCUGAUAAUCAAAAUUUUAUGGCUCCGACAUCGAUUUCAUGAACUGGGUCGUUGAAAUUUUUGGCGAAAAAUGGGUGGUUCGAACUCCAAAAUCGAGAAUGACGAAGCCCUACGCCUUUGUAAGGAGCGAAAGCGAUUCAUCAAACAGGCUAUCGAUUCGAGGUACGCUCUAGCCGCCGCCCAUGUCUGUUACGUUCAGGCCCUAAAAAACGUCGGCGUUUCUCUCCGGCGAUACGCCGAGGCUGAGGUGUUGAUUGAGUCGUCUCUAUCUACGUCGGCCACCGAGCUCGACAAGACGCCGUCGCAUUUCUCUUAUCCAUCGCCAUGCCCGUCGCAGACCGCCGACGCUUCCGAGUCUCCAUUGCGAGAAAGCCCCAUUACGCCGCCAAUACCCACCAUUAGUUAUAUGGUCGCCGGAGGUAGUACCCCUCUUACUGUCAAAGUCCAGCCGAGUAGCCAUAGUUAUGUUUAUGAAGAAUCUGUUGCUUCGCCGUUGCCUCCGCCGCCGCCACCACUGCCUCAUGAUUUGGGAUCUUCUUGGGAUUACUUUGACACCAAUGAUGAAAUUGAUAGCUUCAGUUUCUUGGCGACUGGUGGGAUGGAUGUGAACAUUGAGAAUGAGAGAAUGUGGAAGCAAUUCAAGGGAGCAAUGACAGAUGCCAAUGAUGAAUCCCAGGAAGGGAUUUCAAAGCCAGAAACAGGGCAAAAAGCUUGUGAAAAUGGUGACCAUUUGAGUUCAUCUGAAUCUGUUGAAGAACGAACUUCGGAGAUGGCGAGACGGGACGAUAAAGAGCUUAAUUCGACGAGUUUGUCGUGCGAAGUUCUGCUCGAACAAUCUGGUUCAAGAGGGAUAGUUAAGGUGGAGAAGAGUUUGUGCACUGAACAAGAAGAUCCCUCAGAGUUUAUUACUCAUAGAGCUAAAGACUUUCUUUCCAGCAUUAAGGAAAUCGACAAUCGGUUUCAGAGAGCUUCAGAUUCCGGGAGGGAGGUCUCGAGAAUGCUUGAGGUCAAUAAAAUCAGAGUUCGAUACCUCGAAGAAAAUGGAAGUGUAUCUGGUUUUGCAUUUUUCGACCCGUUGCGUCGAUUACGACUCGUUUGCUGUCCUGCAAAGCCUACCCUUUUAUCUCAUGAGCCACAUAAGAAAAAAGUGAUUACGUGGAAACGAUCGACAUGGUCUCGGUCAUCUUCGUCACAGAGUCCUCUUGCUGCCAAAGAUGAUGUUGAUGACAGUGGAAGCGAAUUUGUAGAAGAAUUCUGUAUGAUCUCCGGAAGCCAUUCGUCUACCUUGGACCGACUUUACGCAUGGGAGAGAAAGCUCUAUGAUGAAGUCAAGGCUAGCGAAUCCAUUCGGAAGGAGUACGAUCGUAAGUGUGAUCAACUUAGAUAUCUAUUUGCGAAGGAUUACAGUACACAAGUCAUCGACAAGACGAGGGCAGUUGUCAAGGAUCUACACUCCCGUAUACGGGUUGCAAUUUAUUCUGUUGAUUCGAUAUCGAAACGCGUUGAGAAAAUGAGAGAUGAAGAGAUGCAACCACAACUCAUUGAACUCGUUCAGGGGUUGAUCAGGAUGUGGAAGUCGAUGCUUGAAUGCCACCACGCACAGUACAUAACGAUAUCGUUGGCAUAUCACUCGAAGAGUGCAGCCAUGGGUACACCUCGAGCGGACGCACAAAGGCAGAUAUUAGUCCAACUCCAACAAGAGAUAGAAUGUUUUGGCCUAAGCUUUGCAAACUGGAUCAACAGCCUUGCAUCAUAUGUUGGAGCUUUGAAUGGCUGGCUACAACAUUGCAUUCAACAACCACAGGAACGCUCGAAGAGCAGAAGGCCAUUCUCACCUCGCCGUGUCGUUGCCCCACCUAUUUUCGUCCUAUGUCGAGAUUGGUUAACAGGAAUCAACAACCUUCCAUCUAAUGAACUUAGCAACGCCAUCAGAGUCUUCUUGGAAGAACUCAACUGUUCGAUAUCCGAAAAAGCCGAACUACAGAGGAAACAGAAGCUUGUUAAGCCAAACACUGGGGAAGAACCAGAAGGGAACGACAACAACGACAACAACAGUACUUCCUCUUCAAACUUAAGUUGCAUACAUUCAAGUUUAACGAAAAUUCUGGAUCGGCUAACGAAAUUUUCCGAAGCUUCGCUCAAAAUGUAUGAAGAUGUUAGACAGAAAAGCGAGGCUGCAGUUACAACAUAUUUGAAUUACAAGCCUGUUAGAUAUUAACCAUGUAAUUAUGGGGAAGUACAAAUAUUUCUCAAG